AUGAGUGAAGAUUUUCCUGAAGAGUGGACACCAAUGAAUGAUGACUAUAAUAGUGUUGUAUUCAACAGUUAUACUAACGGACAGACCGGCGCUUACCUACCGGUCCGAUGUCUGCCCUCCUAUGGUAAUAGUGAGUCGUUUCCCAUCAGACGUACCGAUACUCUGAAGCUAUUAAUCGUUGGCUUUCCUUCAGAUAUAACUGAAAUUGGAUUCAAAUCUUUUCUUAAACGUAUUGGUUGCAAGUUUUCGACAUUUAAAUUGGUGACCACUUUGUCCGGACAACGAUACAGUUUUGCCGAUUUUGAAACCAUAAGAGAGGCUCAGAAGUCAAUUGAAUUGAUAAGAAGCCAAAAGACAUACAAAUUAUCUGUUUGUUUUGCUGCCACAGAAGCCCAACAAGAAGAACGAGAGUUAGCCAUUAAUCGAGAAAACGAAAGGUUAUAUCAGAAGAAUUUGAAAAUGAAGCCCAAGAUAGACAUUGGAAAUUGUAAUGCCAUAAACUCGAACCAUAUGAACGGUUCUUAUCGUAAUCAUUCAGACACAGCAAGUCUUAGCGGUUCGACAGAAAUGGAAGUCCUCUCCCUAUACGCUAAAACCAACAAACUUUUAAAAGUGUUGGAAACAGUAGCCGAUGAGUGCACUGUUUGUAUAGCCAAACCACCUGUAGAGCACUUGCAUUUCAUUAUAAAUGAAAACCAAGUGAUUGAUCCAAAAGAAAUGCCGGCACUCAUUGAUUUAGGUAUUUCGUGUCAAACAUGUGGACAAAAGGCGGCUAAUUUGAAGCUAUGCUCUCAAUGCAAACGAUCACAUUAUUGUAAUACUAAAUGUCAGACAAAUGAUUGGAGUCAACACAGAUUAGUUUGUAAACAAACAAUAAUCUCUGGUCUUCGACCCGAAACCACGACUACUGUUGCUCCCAUUGGACCCACUGGUGAUUCAAUUGUUAGUUUAAAUUCAACUAAAAAGAUUAGCCGUACUGUCGUUUCUUCUCCGACACCACUUACAAGUUCUCCUAAAGUCCCGAGAGUCACAACUCCUGUCCAAAUGUCACCUCAAAAGUCAAAUGAUUCGCCAAUUGUGGUGCCGACACAAAAGUCACCAAAGGUUUCGUUUAUUAAGACUUCAGUCAAUGAUAUUUCCAAUUCAACUACUGUUAAACGCUUAGAUUUCAAUGAGGGCAACAAAUUUAAGCUCAUCUCAAUCUUAGAUAAAUUGAAUGGAAAAUCGGUUAAAUUUAUUGUUACCGAACAAUUUGAUGCCGAAAAAUCAUAUUAUUUCUCUACAAUUUAUGAUCCAAGUAUUGGACAAGUGGUUCAACAGUUGGCAUUGGACUACCCGACUAAAAAUAAGGUCUCACCAAAGGUUGAUGAAGUAGUUGUUGUUAAAGGUUCUGAUGACGCGUAUUAUCGCGCUUACGUCUUAGAGGUUAAUAAAAAUAGCGCUCAAGUUUUGAUGAUAGACGACGGCUUUAUUGAAAUGGUUGACUCCGAUAACUUCUAUGAAUUGGAGCCCAAGUAUCUUAAUAUUCCGGCUUUUAGUGUUCUACUCGUUCCUGACAGUGAAGAAGCAGUUUUAUAUCUUGAUUUGGCUGUCGAUAAACAGGACGACUUUCACUGCGAAGGAAGUUAUACCUUAAAAGAUGACAAUUCAUAUAUUCAAACGGACAGUAUAUUUAUUAAACUGUUGAAAAUUGAUGAAACGGUCAAAUUUGUCAAAAAUCCUAUUAAUAAGCCAAAAGAAACGCAAAAAUCUGCCGAAAAGUCUGUUGUCGACUAUUUUCAAGAAUUGUCAAAAAGAACUCUUGCAUUGGAUGUCGAACAUCAACUAAUGGCUGUUUAUAAGGAUGAGACCGAUCCUAAAAACUUCUUUAUUGCUGCAGAAGGUGGAGAUUUUGAGAAUGUUAUGGUUGGUUGUCGUGGACUCGGAGAAAAAUUUGACGAUAAAGUUAAAGUGAAUCCAAAUGUUGGAAAAACUUAUUUGGCAAAGGCUUCCGAUAAUGAUUGGUAUCGAGCGGUCGUCAAUAGUGUGAACGGAGAUACAGUUAAUGUUCAGUAUUUGGACUUUGGAAAUAAAGAAGACAUCGAAAGUAAAUAUUUGAUGAAAUUGACAUCAGAAUUGAAAACAUCAACUGUUCCCCCGAUUGCCAUCAAAUGUAAAGUAGACUCCACUAAGCUUAGCGAUGAACACUUGAACCAUAAGUUGGAUCAGGCAGUUGACGGCGCUUUCCUUAUUAAGCUUAAAGUUAUCGCAAUUAAUGACAGUCUUCAUUCCGUUGAAGUCUAUUAAAUGCAACCAAAAUAUACUUAUUUUAAAGCAUUUUAAAAAUCUCAUUACACUGACUAUAAUUAUAUUACUGUAAUUAUUUUUUAACAU